ACUCGCGGACGCAAAAACAAAAUGGUGGACGACUUGACUAUUCGUAAAGCCAUCGAAGGAGACGUGGAUGACAUCUACAACAUCCACACAGAAGCCAUCAGGAAAAAGUGCUCCUCUCACUACGGCACAGAGGACGUAGAUGUUUGGGUUGCAAGGCAAAACAAAGCAAAGUACCUUCCCUCCAUAGCAGCGAAGGAAAUAGUGGUAGCUGAAAAACUGGGAAAAGUUGUCGGAUUUGGCCAUCUGCUGGAUUGCAAAGAAUCUGACGGGAAAACUAUGCAGAUUAGAGGACUCUUCGUUGACCCUGAUUGCGGUGUGAAAGGUGUGGGAUCGGCACUUAUGAAAGAGAUGGAGGAGAGAGCAAGAGAUUGCUCGGCAGAUUGCUUGAUUGUGCAAUCUUCUCUGAAUGCUGUUGAAUUUUACAGCAAGUGUGGUUUCAUCCCUUUAGAGCUGACGACUCAUCAGGUGUCGGAGCAGUCGUGUCUUCAGUGUCACAAAAUGAUGAAAAAGCUAUAAUCUACAAGUCAGCCUGCUCGCGUGACUUGGAAGAUAUUCUCGAGUCACGCAAAGUCACAUAGUCAUGAUACUGUUCGGUCUUAAAUAUUCUGCAAGUACAUGAAAAGUCCUCCUCCCCCGACAACAACGCUUUCCCAAAAGUUAUUUUUUAUUAUUAUUAUUUUCCUAUCGAUUCCCGAAAGUAGCUAUCCCCCUGAAAGUAGAAGACACUACAAGAGAAACUAUUUAACGUCAAAUGCAAUGCGGAUGGAACAGCGUGACUGCAGAACUGAUCAACUUGAAGAGUUACGUGUAUUAUUAGUGAUUUUAUUCAGAACUCAACUAAUUUUUUUCUUGAAACUAUGAUGUAUAAGCUGUAUUUGUCUGGGAGCAGAGUCAAAUGAUAUAUUGUAAUCAGUUCAGCCAGUUGCAUUGCGAUGUAAUGCAACUAUUAUACUUUUGCCCUACAGUACCAACAUUAAAGGCAUUUUUUGUUUAUACCAGCUACAUUGUUUAUGUGGGUAGUUAGUAACAUACAUAAAUGGGACUUUUAAUUUCAUGUUUUACGCGUCCGCUUUGUCUGAAACGACUGUGAAUUAUCGUGCAAACUUUUUUUAACUGGCCGAAAGUGACGACUACCCGAAAGUAGCGGCCCCUUUCGCCUGCUAAAUCCAAACGUAACGGGGUCUUUACUAUCGGAAUGCUACGGUAAUGUAAUUUUAACUUCGGUAACUUGAACCCUCGGCAACUCGAACCCCUCGCUAACUGAAUUGAUUUUUCCUGUCCUCUUGGGUCAUUUUGUAAUAUUAAUUUUACCCGCGUUAUCGCGAACCGAAUCUGGAGAACCAAAGCCCUCCAGAAUCCUGAACAGUUAUACAGACUGUACUUCAAGGACUAGCAGCUGACUACUUUUACCGUGAAAAGAAUAGUGACUUGCUGCAACUAUGUGCUGAAGUAGCCCAAUGUAUAAUUAGGGUUAUAGUCCAUCAAAUAUUUGUGCUCGCGCGCGAUUGGUCUAAAUGCGUCAAGUGACUGAAUAGAAGGGAUGGUGGAUGGUAAAUGUGAGACUUUGCGAGAAGGCCAGACUGGCAUUUAUCUUUUCGAGCCCGAGACAUUUUGACUUCUUCAAUUGCGAGAUCGAGACUUCUCAGUGUUUUAAUUAAAUGCGAGCUCGGGACGUUCAGGUUCUAAGAAGAAGUCAUUUAAGCUUAUAUAAAAGAAAUAAACAAGUCGGUCGGUACUUCGCGACUUUCCUAGCCUUGAACAAAAAAAUUAAACGAGACUGCGAGACGCACAUAACCGCUAAGAAAAACGAAACAGCGAGACCUGUGAAAUUUAGCGAAAAUUUUGCGAGACCCAAGGUUUUUAAAGGACCAUUCGCCACCCCUAAUAAAACCCAGCAAAAGCUGAACAAUAUCCGAGUCAAUAUUCUCCAAUUUUCAAAACUACGCGUGUUGCGAAAGACAUUGAAGGAUAAUAACUACAACAGCCUCAAUUUAGCACGUAAAUAAAGUUGGAUAUUUGUCCUUGAACAUUACUGGGGAUCUAAUUCGAGAAACGGACAGUUUUCCUUGAGCUACGCUCUCGGAAAACUGCUCGCCUCUCGGGAACAGAUCAUGUCCGCGGACAAAUAUCUAAAAUAUCCGAGCAUAUUUUCGCUACAAAUGGAGGCUAUUGUUUAUAUAAUGUAUAACGAGGUAAUACAACUGGUAUAACAUGGGUAGAUAUAAGUUGCGGGGUUUUUAAUGCAAGCUUUGACCGGCUAAGGAUCCGAGGCCACUCGCGAUAUCAUAUAAGGAUCUGUGUGAAACUUUGAUGUCAGAAUGACAGUAAACGGCUAUUGAUAAGUUUAUCACAUCGAAUUUUGUCCAUGUGAUGUUUGUUGACUGUUCGAGAACAUUUAAGCCGCGCUGCUUCCAGCUGUUACCUCCUGUGACUAUGGUCAUUAAAGGUAAUGUGGGGACUCACUGCGUACUUCCUAUGAGUUAUGUUUUAUACUCUUGUGGCUCCUGUGUCAGCACACGAACAAUAAAUGCAUGGUUUUAACCGUUCAGAAAGUAGAUGGAGUUUAGUGGCUUUGUGAUGUAUCGCGUAGGCUUGCUGGAGAUUUUGCACUUUCAGGAGUGCCGAGACAUACGGCGCAAUUCGUGUUAAAUACUACAUUACUUAAAUAAAGUCUUUCAUUCAAUCAUUCAUUCAUUCAUUCAUUCAUCCGUCGAAUAUAAUGCAUACAUUCACAGAAAUCAUUCCACUCAAAUUAAGAAGGUAGAUCACAAAACAAAUGCGUGUGGAGAGUGAGAAUGGGCUACUGGCAACUGAGACCGUACUGAUAUAAAACAAAAAUCUGAGUAGAGAAUUGAGAACUAAGUAUUUUCGUAAAGUUUUAGAAAACAGCCUAGCAAAGAAGACGUUUUCUUUUCGCAAUGAGACAACUGGCCUUUUAGAAACGACAUUACUGAGUUGGAAGUUAAAGUUACGCAAUUCGUGCAAGGAAAGUCCACCAGUGAAACACAAAUCUUGACUGAUCGUGAUAUUUUUCAAAGCAGUUUACUUUAUUUUUUUAGCCCCCAAAAAUUAACCACUAUCUUCAGACUUCAUGCAGUUUAACUUUUCAUCAGUAUGGAAGAAGUAAAAGUGUUCAUAAAGACCAUUUUUUUUUCUAGAAUAGUGAUUAAAACAUCUAACCUAAGAAGAUGGGUAACAACCAUACUUCAAUUAUUUUCGAGCCUAUAAUAACAGCUUAGCGUUGACAUUUUUCAUUUUCAUAACUGAAAGUAAUGAUAUACAACUGUAAUGCAGCGAAGUGUCCAGUUCUACGUAUGAAUUACAUAUUUGGUAUUGUUGAAAAUCAAUUAAUCAACCUAAAAAAACUUGUCGCGGAAAAAAAUACACAAGCUGGCCAGAUCAAAAUUAAAAAGUUUAAUGCUGCGGGGGCGGAACCUCCUCCACGUAGAUGCGGGACACUGACUUCCAUCCUGUGUACGCGUCAGCGUCACCGAAACCAUCACAGUUUCCGACCCAGAAUCCCACGCGUACCGUGCCCUUGCUGACCGUUUCACAAACUCCUUCAAUCUGGCGGACGCGGUGGAUACUUUUGACAUCGUUUGGCCGUCCACCGGUUUUCAUAAAGACAAUACCGUCAAUGGCUUCGGGCGCAUAACAUUCUGCAUCAUUAAAGGUAAAGUACCAACGUUUACAGCAAAAGUUGCAGUUGUAGAUGCGAAGCGCGCCAUUCCAGAACACGCGCAAGCCAGUAUCAUUGGAUCUUUUUUCAAAAACACAUUCCUACGAGAUUGAAAGUGAAGAGAAAUCAAAACUCCUUCCAAAACCUCUUGAACUCUUUUACUGCCUGUAACUCUUCAGUUAAGUUAGUUUGAGCUUAUAAGUUUGAAACUGAAUAAUUUCGAGAAUACAUGACUUGUUAAGGUCAAACAGCCUAUGUGAAUACCAAGGCAGGAUGCUCUGAAGAACAGCAACAAACAGAAUUUUUCUACUGACUAAGCUGGCCUAUCCUUUGCAGGUUUAUUCCACUUAGUCUCGUUUUAAACCAGGAGACCCAAAGAAUCUCUCUGAUUCAUGACGAGGACUGACAUGCCGAUGGCUUUUGUUUAGGAGGUAGUAAGAUGUAGCCCUGCAUCUCAAGAAUUUUCCAUGCAAGAUCCCCGAAACUUUCAGCUUGUCGUCAGUGCUGAACUGUGUACUGACGGAUGAACAUGCGUCGAAAAGAGCUCGUGUAUGCACAUCUUACUUAGGAUAGUUCGGAGGGCCAUUGAGUAAAAUCAAACGAUCAGAUUGCUCCAUUUCCGGUGUUAAAUUAUCUAAAAACUCUCUAAGAAUUGGACCAAGCGCUUUCCCUAAUGAUCCCGCGCGAUCACUGUCGAAGAAUUUUUGACAGUCAUGUUAUAACGUAUACGUUUCUGAGAAAAACUUUCUUUGGCAUAUAAGAUUUCUUUUCCUUUUCUUCGAACUCAGGCGUGAGUAUAAGCCUAGUCGGCUCCCAAUAAGAAUUUUACGCGUGAAAUUUGCGAUGUUUUUCCAGGUGUGUUUUUCUAAAAAUUUUCCGUCGAGUAAUAAAUCCCUCAGUAACCAAGGUUACUCGGGACCGUACUGGGAAAAUAUUGCCCCUCGUUCUUUUUGUACGGACCUCGCUGCGCUCAGUCCGUACUUUAAAGACGUUUGGCCGAUAUUCUCGCAGUACGGCUCUCUCGCUUGAAUGAUAAAAUAUAUAUUUAUAAAAAUAACUUAUAUACUACGCGUCCGCUCAUUGGCCGAUAGGUGUGUCUAGAUGAUAGCAUGUAAACAUGAUUGUGACAAUUUAGAUUCGCGUGCAUCCUUGAGAAAUAUUUUAUAAAAGCAAUAGGGUACUUUUGUACUUUGCGUGUUCAAAUAGCCUCAUCUAAGCAUUUGGGGGUUUUGGAGAAUUCUUGAAACUUAUGCAAACCCGAGACGCAGUCGAGGGUUUGCAUAAC